AUGGCGGAACAAAUCCCAGGGCAGGAGUACGAGUAUGAAGCUCUUCCUUCCAACUAUGGUCUCGGCCACAACAUGCUCGCCGGUGCUUUCGCAGGAAUAGCGGAGCACUCUGUUAUGUACCCUGUCGAUUUAUUAAAGACUCGAAUGCAGAUUUUACAUCCGUCUACUGGAGGCCUAUAUACCGGUAUCACGAAUGCAGUGUCGACGAUUUAUCGCAUUGAGGGAUGGCGGACAUUAUGGAAGGGCGUGUCGAGUGUGAUAGUUGGUGCUGGUCCUGCACAUGCGGUGUACUUUGGCACAUAUGAAGUUGUCAAGGAGCUGGCGGGUGGUAAUGCGGACGACGGCCACCACCCGGUCGCUGCUGCCCUUAGUGGAGCGUGUGCGACGAUUGCCAGCGAUGCCCUCAUGAAUCCAUUUGAUGUUAUCAAGCAGCGCAUGCAGGUUCAUGGCUCCGUUCAUAAGACUAUCGCUCAAUGCGCGAGGUCGGUUUACCGAACGGAAGGACUCCAAGCAUUUUACGUCUCUUAUCCCACCACCCUCUGUAUGACUGUGCCAUUCACUGCGACCCAGUUUGUGGCAUACGAGUCGAUAUCGAAAUUCAUAAACCCCAAGAAAGACUACGAUCCAUUCACUCAUUGCAUUGCCGGAGGUCUCGCUGGUGCCGUUGCGGCUGCAAUCACCACUCCUCUCGACGUGAUCAAGACGUUACUCCAGACUCGCGGUCUCGCAGUGGACCAGGAGAUCCGCAGUGCCCGAGGCCUGUUUAAUGCUGCGGCUAUCAUCAAGCGCCAAUUCGGAUGGAAGGGAUUCCUUCGUGGCAUGCGACCUCGCAUUGUUUCUACCAUGCCCAGCACAGCGAUUUGCUGGACGUCUUACGAGAUGGCCAAGGCCUAUUUCAAAAACCAAAUGACCGACAAAUAA